UAACCUACGUCCUACUGAGUCACAAGCUGCUGAAGUCACUUCACAGAUGCUUAUUUUGACACUCAAAGUGAAUCUCUGUGUGCAAUUCUGAAAACCGCGUGCGAAGUGUCAAGUUAGAGGCAAUGACUUCCGGAAGUCAUUCAGCAUGGAAAACACACCUCAGUCCGGACUUCACAUCUGAGAAACGUCCUUAAACUAAACUGGGAUUAUGAACUCGUCAACAAACAGUUUGGAUGAUGUUUCCGCCGACGGCAGCGCUGAGUUCCCAGACAGAGCGUCCAUGAUGGAGGUGCGUCUGCAGGCGCAGGAAGACGAGAUCACACUGCUGAAGUCCUCAUUGGCCGACGCCUUACGCAGGAUCCGCCUCCACGACCAACUCCUGCCUUUACUGAAACAGCAGCUCAUUGCAGUAAACCCUGGAGCUGCACGUGUCCUCAAUCAAGUGUGCUGCCCAGAUGGAUGCACCAGCAGCAGAAAGUUGUCCUCCAGCUCAGCUAUCGAUGGGAUCCAUCAUUCUACUACUUCCAGCCAACUGUCAGACAGCAUUGUGACCAAUACCAAUGGCCACAUAGGAAGCCCGGUGUCCACAAAGCCCAGACCAGUAUCAGUGGACAGGUCAACACAGACAGAUCCCACUCUCCAAGGAGGGGACGCUGGUCAGGACAAGGUUCCUCUCCACAGUCGUGUCCAGAGCCUGAACCUGGAGGACGCACUCCCCCCGGGGCAUCCUGUCGAAGCGACGCGCGCCAAGCUCCACCGCGUCCCUGGUAUGGAAGAAGAGGACGAGGAGGAAGAUGACGAAGUGGGAGGCGAGCAGGAGAAGGAGCUGAGUUGGACGUCAUCAGUGGAGGAGCCCAUCCAGCCCACCACGAUCAGAGGCCUCCAGAGAGAGGAGUCCCACGACGGAAGCUGCUCUCCGGAGGAGGUGGUGGGCUCUUCCUCAGCCUCACUCAGAGCUUCAGACCAGAACCUGAACUCCCGCUGUGGACCACUGUCCCCCAUCCAGGAAGGACUAAAGACGCCUCUGGUUCGCAGGAACAGCGAGAAACUGGGGAACCCGGAGAGGCAGAGGAAGCGCCUGGAUAAGAAGGCGGCGUCCUCGGCCAACCUCCUCACCCGCUCCCCGAGCCUGGAGAACCGAGCGAAGGAGCUGAUCGCCAACGCAGGAUCCCCGGGGUCCAGAAGAGGAACCUACAGCCAAGGACAGUCGAUCAAAAUGUUCAUCCGCGGUCGACCCAUCACCAUGUACGUCCCCUCUAACAUCCAGAACUAUGAAGACCUGAAGAUGGAGCCGCCCACAGAGAGACUCGAGCUGGACUGGGUUUAUGGUUACCGGGGCCGGGACUGCCGCGCCAACAUGUACUUCCUUCCCACGGGCGAGGCCAUCUACUUCAUCGCCUGCGUCAUCGUGCUGUACCACAUCAACAACAGAACGCAGCGGCACUAUCGCAAACACACGGACUGCGUGCGCUGUCUAACCCUCCAUCCCGACAAAGUGCGAGUAGCAUCUGGACAGACAGCAGGGGUGGACAAAGAUGGCAAGCCUCUGCAGCCCUGUGUUCAUAUCUGGGACUCCACCUCUCUGGUCACGCUGCAGCAGAUCGGCCUGGGAUGCUUCCAGAGGGGAGUGGGAUCGGUUGCAUUUUCCUUUGCUGACUCCGGAGUGUUCCUGUGUGUCAUCGACGACUCGAACGAGCACAUGUUGUCAGUGUGGGACUGCAACAAGGGCGUCAAGCACGCGGAAGUGAAGAGCACCAACGAGGCUGUGUUUGCAGUAGAGUUUAAUCCAGGCGACAGCUCCAACAUCAUCACCUGUGGGAAAUCCCACGUUUACUUCUGGACGCUCAGCGCGGGAAUGUUCACCAAGAAACAAGGCAUCUUUGGAAAAUACAAGAAGCCCAAGUUCAUCCAGUGCUUCGUGUUCAGUCUGACUGGAGAUGUUCUGACCGGAGACUCUGAGGGCAACAUCCUGACGUGGGGGAAAUCAGCUGCAGAUAUCAAGACUCUGGGCAAAGGAGCCAAAGAAACCUUCCAGAUAAUGCGUCAAACCAGAGCCCACGAAGGCAGCGUGUUCACCCUCUGUACCCUGCAGGGCGGCGGUCUGCUCAGCGGGGGAGGGAAAGACCGCAAGAUCAUCCGCUGGAGCGCCGACCUGGCACCUGAGAGAGAGUGUGAGAUUCCAGAAAAGUUUGGGGCAGUCCGUACCAUCGCUGACGUGGAUGGGGAGGAAUUCUUGGUUGGUACCACGCGCAAUGCGAUCCUCAGAGGAACCUUCUCUGGAGCAUUUGUGGCCAUCGUGCAGGGUCAUGUGGACGAGAUGUGGGGACUGGCCACUCACCCCUCCCACAACAUCUUCAUCACCUGUGGCCACGACCGACAGGUGUGUUUGUGGAACACAGAGGAGCAUAAGCUGGACUGGUGCAUCAGCCUGGAGGAGUACGGACUCUGCGCUGAUUUCUGCCCGAACGGAUCAGUGGUUUCAGUCGGACUCAGCACGGGAAAGUGGAUGGUCCUGGACCUGCUGACCAGGGACGUGGUCUCUGAAUCCACUGAUGGGAACGAGCAGCUGUCCGUCAUGAGAUACUCACCGGAUGGCAGCUUUUUAGCCGUCGGAUCUCACGACAACUUCAUCUACAUCUACAACGUGACGGACAGUGGGCGGCGCUACACACGAUUUGGGAAGUGUAACGGUCACUCCAGCUUCAUUACUCACUUGGACUGGUCCAUGGACGGGAAGUACAUUAUGUCUAACUCUGGGGACUACGAGAUCCUUUACUGGGACAUCGCAGGAGGCUGUAAACUGCUGAGGAACCGCUUCGAGAGCAAAGACAGAGAGUGGGCCUCGUACACGUGUGUGCUGGGCUUCCACGUCAUGGGCGUGUGGCUGGAGGGCUCCGACGGCACGGACAUCAACGCACUGUGUCGCUCUCACAGUGAGAGGAUGGUGGCGGUGGCCGACGACUUCUGUAAAGUCCACCUCUUCCAGUACCCGUGCCCUAAGCCCAAGGCGCCGAGCCACAAGUACGACGGCCACGGCAGCCACGUCACCAACGUCUGCUUCACCCACUGCGACUCCCACCUGCUCUCCAUGGGCGGGAAGGACAUGUGCAUCCUGCAGUGGAAGGUGGUCGGAGGCGGAGCGUCGAACGGCAGGGAGCGCCUGACCUCGGCGUCGUCCACCUCCACCAGCUCCCCGGAACCCACCGUCGGCUAGGAAGGACGCGGCAGAGAGGGACGCCGUUUACACUCGGAGACGUGUUUGUCGUCGUCGUCAGUGCAGAGCAGCCGCAGCCGCUGAGGCUCAGCUCUGCCUCUACGCUGCCCCCUGCUGGGUCCGUUUCAUUUAGAGAGGGGGUCUCCUCCAGGAGGAGGUCACCCGUCAUUACAUUACAUUACACUUACACUUACCUCCAUAUUCAUGUAAGCGCUUGUGAAACUGGACAGUGCGUCGUCGCUCAGGUGAAGACGGAGGAGCAGUAGACGUGGUCACGUGUGUGUUUGCAGGUACAAAACAUGACUUGACUUUGGGACAUUUCUGCGUGUUUUCCGUCAGUCUCGCAUCAGCGGACAUUUUAGGACAGUGACGACAGUUUGUGGCAAACAUCGACGUCUCCUUUUAAAGCUGCAGUAGGCAGGUUGUCAAGAAGAAUAGCUGAUUGUCGAGUUUUAGCUCCAUUUUGUGAAAAUGUUGUCAUUUCAGGAUCGCCGCUCUCCAACUCCUCCUCCCCCUCCCCCCCAAGCUCCCCUUUUCAAUGGAGCACGGUCGGACACACUUGUUUCAUACGUGUCACAUGACCAGAAACAAUAUCUGUCUCUGAAGAUUUUUUUUUGCUGCGUGACAGUUUAGAUGAUUGUAUUUGUUGGUGCUUGUACGCGAAUCUCAUGAAAAUAAUUCAGAAGAAUAGAAAAAUGUUAACAUUACAUUCAACUUUUUUCUGUUUUUAUGUUAAAAUGUCCGUUGUAUGUCCGAAGAAAGACGCCGCCGCUGCCGUAUGAUUUCUAGCAACAGUUAGCGCAGUUAAUACGUUGUCUCCUUCUACUUCCGGGUCAAAGACCUGGAAGUCCUACUACAGUCCGACUAAGCGUUUACAUGCAGGCGUAAUCGGACUAUAAAUUGCAUUAUACAGGUAUGUUAGUCUGACUAGCAAGGGUUUAGUCGGACUAAUGUGUUUACAUGACAUUAAGAAAAACAAAACAAAUUAUUGUCUUAGUCCGACUAAAAUUGGAGAUUUUGUUUGCAUUUUUUGAUAUGUGCAUAAAACAAGUUUGAAACGAAUGCCCUGCUGCUUAUCUCAGUGAACGAAGUCCCAUAAUACAACACACAUACAUACACAUUUACUUUUGACCCAGUUUUUUUUAAAAUGUGGGUAAAAAAAAUUUUAAAAAACAUUUUUAAACACCGAAAAUAUCAUGAAAUGGCCCCAAAAUUCAGAAAUGUAUAAUUAUGUUAACAUUACAUUCAACUUUUUUUUGAUCCCACUGAAGGGACCUUGUACCGCCAAUAGGAGACACUCGUCUCUCAGAAGUGUCCUUUGAUUGGUCAAAAGCCUCCUGUGACUCCACAGAUUUAGUCGGAGGUUGUUUUGUCGCCGUAUUGUUGUUUUUAUCUCUCUCAAAACUCUUCAUUUACAUUUAUCUUAAAAGGUUAUGGUGAAAAUAUUGAUCAAUAAAGCAAAAAAAAAUCCUACCUACUGUACCUUUAAAUACAUUUGCUUAAUGUUUAUUUUACAUGAUUUAAGUAUUUUCAACUGUUUGGUUGAAAUCUCAGCUUUACAUUAGACAGACUGUGACAAACCUGUUAUAUCAUGAAAAUCAAUCAAUCAGUUUUAUAGAUAUUUAAAGAAAAUAACAUUGGGAAUACUGUGAUGUUGUAUCUGCCAAGCUCCCAAUAAAUUAACACGAGACUGUAAAGUGUAA